AUGCGUCACAAAGGCCCAUGGUGGCUCUCGACAUUUUAUAGCCUUUGCAUCCAAAGCUUUGUCCGGAAGGCGUUGUUGCAUUUGGCUCCAGGGGGGUUAUCCUUAGAACCACGCAAGUCCUUCCUCAAGACACCUCUGCGGCUCUUCAUUGCCAGCUCCGGUGGGUAUGACCCCUUGAGUCACACUCCCCCAUCCAGCAAGUCGUCAAUCCCAAGGGACGAUGAUUAUAUACAGGCAAGACAAGCUGUGGGCCGAGAUGAUUGGCAUUCACAGGACAUUGAUAGCUCGGCAGCAUAUCUAGAGCGUAUAUUUGACGAUAAGGGAUGCCCCGGUACAAUAGAUAGCGGGGCGCAGCAUCAUUCUCCCCACAGUCAACAACUACCUGAGCCGUCAAGGGAGAAUGACCCUCUCCCAGAGGACGGCCAACCUUAUUCACCAUCUCGUGCAUUUUCACGCUUACAUAGAGCUGCGAAAGAGAAACUAGAGCUUCAGUUACAUGGUUUAUUUAAUAAAUUGGGAGAUGCUAUGCUUAGGGAUCAGGACUUAAAAGACACAAAAUCGGAGAUUCUCUAUACAUGUCAGCAUUUGAGUACUGUGGGAGAUAACGAAAUCAUAAGGCUUUUGAGGAGAUUGCGCACAUCAAAAAGAUGGCUCGAGAUGUCCCAGCAAGAGGCUGCCGCAUUGCGAUUAGAAAACAGCAACCUCCGUAGAGAAUUGCCUACCUAA